CAAGUCAGCGUCAAAGACGAUCGAUCGAUCAACGUUGAUGUCACGUCACAUGCCGCCGCCCCCGCUGACCGCCUUUUGCUGCCUGAGGCUUCAAGAUGUGGCGGUGCAGGGCGCCAGAAAGGGGAAAUUUUUCUUGCGGGCGGUGUGGAGCCGUCGCCGAUAACUUUUUUUUUCUGCGCUCGUACCAACCAUCACUAUAACCACUCCGGAUUACUUCUCGUCCAUUGAUCUGGUUCUGGGGUCAGUCACCCUUUACCAUAAGACACAAUGGCGAUCCAGAAGAAGGUAUGCAAUCUCGUUCUAUAUCGAAAUUCUUCUGAAAAAGACUCAUCGCUGACCCUAUAUACAGCAUGGUAAAGGUCGUUUGGAUAAGUGGUACCGCCUUGCCAAAGAGAAAGGAUAUCGAGCUCGUGCUGCGUUCAAGUUGGUUCAACUGAACAAGAAGUAUGGCUUUUUGGAAAAGAGUAAAGUCCUUCUGGAUCUUUGCGCUGCGCCCGGUGUAAGUUUAUACUCUUUCUCUUUCUUUUGGCCCGGAGGAAAUUGUUAUGCUAACAGCAGUACUAGUCUUGGUGUCAAGUAGCUGCAGAAUGCAUGCCUGCGCAGAGUAUUAUCGUCGGUGUUGAUCUCGCCCCCAUUAAACCCAUCCCUCGAGUGAUCAGUUUCCAAAGCGACAUCACAACGGAAAAAUGUCGCGCUACGAUUCGAUCGCAUCUGAAACACUGGAAGGCGGAUACGGUUCUCCAUGACGGUGCGCCCAACGUCGGUACGGCCUGGGUUCAAGAUGCGUUCUCUCAGGCGGAGCUGGUGUUGCAAUCUAUGAAACUGGCUACCGAGUUCUUGGCUGAGGGCGGUACUUUCGUCACCAAGGUCUUCCGAUCGAAAGACUACAACCCUCUUCUGUGGGUUUUCAAGCAGUUGUUCACCUCCGUAGAGGCCACGAAACCCCCUUCUUCCCGAAACGUCUCUGCCGAAAUUUUUGUCGUCUGCCGCGGCUUCAAGGCUCCAAAGCGUCUCGAUCCGAAGUUCCUCGACCCCAAGCAUGUGUUCGCCGAAUUGGCCGAUCCCACUCCCAAUAACGAGGCGAAGGUGUUCAACCCCGAAAAGAAGAAGCGUAAGAGAGAGGGUUACGAGGAGGGCGACUACACCCAGUACAAGGAAAUUCCAGUCACCGACUUCAUCAACACCACGGAUCCGAUCGCUAUCUUGGGAACAUGCAAUAAACUCAGUUUCUCAGAACCGCCUGGCGGGGAUAUUGGCCUGGCUACAAUCAACCGACUUGAAGAAACAACGGAAGAAAUCAAGGUCUGCUGCGAGGAUCUAAAGGUGCUGGGUAAGAAGGAAUUCCGCAACCUGCUCCGAUGGCGUCUAAAGGUUCGCGAGAAGUUCGGUCUCAUUGUGAGGAAGGGUCAGCAUAAGAAAGAAGAGCCUCAGGAAGAAGUGGCUGAAAUUGCCCCAAUGGACGAUGAACUGGCGAUCCAAGAAGAUUUGCAACGACUUCGCGACAAGGAGAGUGCAAGGACCAAGAAGGAGCGAAGGAAGGAAAACGAAAAGAAGCGCAAGGAGAUUCUCCGCAUGCAGAUGCAUAUGACGACUCCUAUGGAUAUCGGUAUGGAGCAGCUGGGUCCCCUUGGUGAGGAUGCCACCUUUUCGCUGAGGCGCGCCCAGAGAGGAGGGGUCACGGACGAACUUACCUCCGGCAAAGAGGCGUCGGUGGAGAGUGAUAGCGAAGACUCUGAAUCCGAGCCCGAAGAUGACGACAGCGACGAGGAAGGUGAUCUAUUAGAGAGGGAGCUCGACUCUAUGUACGAGCAAUACCAAGAGCGCAAGGAGGAUGGAGAUUCGAAACUGAAAGCCAAGAAGGCCCGCAAGCAGUACGAGGCCGACGAGUGGGAGGGAAUUUCGGAUUCGGACAAGGAGGGAGAUUCGGAUGAGGAAUCUGACUCCGGGGCGCCUACUACAAACGGAGAGUCUUCGAAGGGUGGAGCCCUCUCCAACAACGCCGCCAUGUUCUUCGACCAAGACAUCUUCCAAGGACUGGAGGAUGUUGAGGACGAAGACGAAGACGAGGAUGAGGAUGAGGACGCGCAAGCCGUUGUUGAAUUGCAGAAGCAAAACACCAAACAAAAGAGCAACGACACUGUCUCGGAGAAAAAGACCGCCAAGGACAAGAAGACGAAGGCGAAAAAGACGGAUGAUUUCUCGGAUGAUGACGAUGAGGACGAUGAGCCCGCGGACCUGGGAGAGGACCCAAGGAAGCAGAAUGGUCAGCUCGACAUCGAUAUCAUCACCGCGGAAGCUAUGUCAUUGGCUCAUCAGAUGGCCACCGGCGAGAAGAAGUCCCAGGACGUGAUCGACGAUGGUUAUAACCGGCUUGCGUUCCGGGACGUUGACGGUCUUCCCGACUGGUUCCUCGACGACGAGACCAAGCACAGCCAAGCGAACAAGCCCAUCAGCAAGGCAGCGGCUGCCGCCAUCAAGGAGAAACUGCGUGCUAUCAAUGCCCGACCGAUCAAGAAGGUGAUGGAGGCCAAGGGUCGCAAGAAGUUCAAGGCUGCACAGAGGCUAGAGAAGCUGCGGAAGAAGUCCGCACUGAUUGCCGAGGACGAAGGACUCAGCGAGCGAGACAAGUCGCAGACCAUCUCCAGGCUGAUGAGCCGGGCCACCAAGAAGAAGCCCAAGCAGCAAGUGAAGCUGGUUGUUGCCAAGGGAAACAACAGGGGUAUCUCUGGUCGUCCCAAGGGAGUCAAGGGCAAGUACAAGAUUGUGGAUUCUCGUAUGAAGAAGGAUAUUCGGGCGCAGAAGCGACUUGCGGCGAAGAAGAAAUAAAGGGGGGAUUGGACCAAGCCUUGUUGAUCACCGACGGACGGAUGGAUGGAUGUAUGUAUAGGCUCUCAACAGUUGAUACCCACACGGAGGGUGCAUUCUCCACGGUGUUUUAUAAAUUUCUAUAUA